AUGUCUCAGCCCACGAUGUGGCAGAAGGUGAAGAGCGGCAGCAAGGCUGGCUUCGAUAAGGGAUACAAGGUAUUGGACAAGUUGGGCACUCCGGUCAAUCGGCUGAGCAACAAGCUGGGAAGCGAGGCCUUCUGGCCCAUGGAAUUGGACAAGGAGAGCGACAAGGCCGCGCGCAUCUUGAAGAGCUUCUGCAAAGAUGGAUUCUACAAGGAAGAGGAAGUACAGCCUACAGAUGGGCCGAAGCAGAAACAGAAGGUCAUACAGAAGAUACCAGAGAGUGUCAUACGGGAAGCGAAAGGCCUUGCCAUCUUCACUACCAUGCGAACGGGUCUGUGGUUCUCUGGCGCUGGCGGUGCAGGUGUGCUUAUCGCAAGAAAGCCAGAUGGAUCGUGGUCACCGCCAUCUGGCAUCAUGCUUCAUACUGCCGGUCUCGGAUUCUUGAUAGGCGUGGACAUUUACGACUGCGUGAUCGUCAUCAACACCGAAGAAGCGUUGGAGGCCUUCACAAGGGUGAGGUGUACGCUGGGUGGAGAGAUCAGCGUUUCGGCUGGUCCGGUUGGAGCUGGAGGAGUGCUGGAGACCGAAGUUCACAAGCGACAAGCGCCGCUAUACACCUACUUGAAGAGCCGCGGGUUCUAUGCUGGCGUGCAAAUCGAUGGUACGAUUGUCAUCGAGCGAAAUGAUGAGAACGAGCGCUUCUAUGGCCAGAAGCUAUCCGUCAAGCAGAUUCUGGCUGGAAACGUCAGGCACCCUCCCUUCGAGGUGAAGCAGCUGAUGGAGACGCUAAAAGCAGCACAAGGCGACUCGGACUUCGACAGCGCAAUGCUCCCGACGGAGCCUCCACCCAGCGACAUGGACAUCGAGGAUGGGGCAGCAUUCGGCGUACCCGACAGAGACGAUCCCGACCCUUAUGGUGUACUGGCGCUUGAAAAGCAAGGCAUGAGUCUGAGGGAGGCCGGCACAAACAAGCGUGCCAGCUGGGAGCAGUUCAGCUUCAAUCCAAGUCCAACGAGUCCAGUACACAGCAUAUACAAUCGACAGAGCCAGGACCUCAGCGCGCGAUCGACAAGCCGUCGCAAUAGUUGGCGAACGAGUGCAUUUUCGACAGAGCCAAAGACGCCCAGCUCCCUCAGAAAUAGCAUCGACCAGGGUCGAUCGCCUGUCAUCAUGGCAGACUCGGCGACACAAACAGACUUUCCGGAUGGGCCACCGUCGCCCAGACGCAACAGCUUACGAAGCUCCAACAGCCAGCGGAGUUCUAAGGGUAGCAUUUCCAACAACGUGCAUCCUUACUCCAUGCAGAACGUCCCGGAACACGAUGUUCUUGCAACACAGGAUCACAAGCCUAUCGACCCCCGCACUGCGAAUGGUUACACGACUCCUCCAAGGACUCCGCCAGGUACACAGGAGACGCCUCGCAACGCGGCAGUGUAUACUACCGCGAACCAAGAAGACGACGAUGAGUCGGAUCUUGACGAUGAGGACAUACAGAUCAUCGAAGAGCCAGUCUUUCAUUCAGUCCAGACGGUCCAGCCAGCUACCUCACAGGUUAUCAGCAAUACCUCGCAGGUCAUUAGCAAAGCACGGAUUGUCGAAGUGCCAAAGCGGCUGCCACCCAAGCUGCCUCCGCGGAAUCCAGGUCGCAGGGGUCCAGUCGUUGUCGAUGCCUCCCCAACGAACGCCUCACCUGAACGAGCUACCUCCACUGAUCUCCCUGCCCCUUCGGUCGAAGCCGACACUGCAGUCCUGGAAACGGCAAAGUUGCCUUCAGAAACCGAUGCCAAGGCGGGAGACCUUCCACUGGAGGCAGCUUCAGCGGAGCACAAGGGCGAGAUCGAGUCAGUCGCCGAAAAGCUCGACGAUGUCACAUAG